AUGGCCGACAUCCCUCAACUCGUCAAAAUUGGGAUUAAUAUGAAGAUGCUCCCUAACAACACGGCGGUGCACUUCAAAUCCGACGGUGCCCGGUUCGGACAGACCCGGACCAUCAAGCUGCUAACCGGAUCCAAAUACAAAAUCGAGGUGGUCGUUAAACCAGGAGCGGUCCAGGCCACCUCGAUGAGUAUCGGUGCGGUGACCUUCCCUCUAGAGCAACAGUCUAAAGACCCGCAGUCCGUCGUCUAUAGCGGCCAGUACGAAACAGAAGGGGUGACACAUACUAAGAGUGGAGAGAGGCAACCAGUUCAGAUAAACAUACAGUUCACAGAGGCGGGUCUGUUUGAGACGGUGUGGCAGGUGAAGUACUAUAACUACAACAAGAGGGACCACUGCCAGUGGGGAAACAGCUUCAACAGCAUCGAGUACGAAUGCAAACCCAACGACACGCGCACGCUCAUGUGGAUCAACAAGGAGAUGUUUGUCUGACGGAGGAAGAGCUUCAAAUGUUUAAUGUUACUCUGCAAAAACAAAAACGUUAUUAUCCUUAAUGUCAUGAUGAGGUAUUGUCUUACCUUAAAAAUAAAUGCAACCACUCUCCCUUUGUGCCGUAAAUAUCAAAUGCAGUCUUUCCACAGGUGUUUUUGUAUGUUUAUGCUGGUUAAUCAAAUUUGGCACAUUAAGUCUCUUAUUAAAAAUGAAACAUGUAGCAAUUCUCAACUACCUACACUUUUAAUU